AUGCUACCCACAAGCGCUGACGACGACUGCGGCGAGUGUACCCCGGACUAUCUGCAUUCCCCUCGUCUCACCACCAAGGCGGCUUUCUCAACGAUUCCCUUCAUCGCUACAUUCGCGGUCCUCACAUUCGUCGCCUACCGCAAGGUUUACCCUCUCUUGUCACAAGUACCCUCAAAAACAUCCGAUGGCACGGCGAAAGGUCUUCCUCGGCCUGUGACGGCGCCAUCGCCCGAUUCCGCUGCUCAGCAUCUCGCUCGCCGCGUGGCAGCAAUCACGUUCGCUUCCACAAUAGCCCUCUCUGCCGUGUUAACGGAGUUACUUCUCUGCGAAAUAUCCAAUUCAUUCAACCCCACCGCUAGGAGCGUCGCUCUGCAGAUCACAGUCGUGAGUUUGUUGGGUCUUCUGGUGGUUGCCAUUCCGCUGUUGGGAAUAUCCUCAGUGGUAGCAAAGUCCGGAUACAAAUUUCGCGGCGAGAAAAAGAGUCGGGCUCAUCUGGCAUGGGUGUUGGAAUUCGCCGGGUAUGGAGCGUUUCUCUUCGGAUUCUGGGCGAUAGGGGCGCUCCUGCCAGAAGCACCUAGCUUUACAGACAGUAUGACACGGCCAGACGGCCUCUUUCAGGCGUGCUUAGAUAGAUUGGGCAUCACCGGCGUGUCGCUGAUGGCUCUGCUGUCAGGUUUUGCCUCGGUGAGUGCCAUUUGGCAGAGCUUUGGACCCAAGGUUAAGGUCGUCGCCGACACGGACAUUGCCCGCAAACAGGCUGGAUUGGAUGCUACCAUGGAUAUGAUAGCCGAGAAGAAAGAGAGGCUGAGGUUGAUGGAGAGCUCCGCUCCCGAAAGCCCGAUCCAGAGCUUCUGGAGCCGCACGGUUGGCGUUGUGCGCAAGAACACCUUUGAUCAACAGAAAGACCUGCUCGAAAUGGAGGCCUCGGGUCUCGAGACUAUGGCCUCUUCGCUGGAGACCUCGCUCUCGAUUCUCCGGGCACGACGGGCAAAUCAACUCCGAGCAACGACAGCCACAGGGCGACUAUCUUUGGCCUUUUCCUACAUAUUUGCUUGUUACUGUGUGUACCGAAUAUGCACCACCGCCAUCAACAUCGGUCGCCGCAUCCUGUCGCCUGGGCCUGCAACUCCUUCCGACACUGACCCCGUUACAUACACCAUUGCUCUGUUUGCUCGACACGUCUAUCCUUCUCUAGACCAGGUGUCAUGGGCUCAACAGAUCUCGUUCCUUCUCUCGGGGGCAAUGCUGCUCGCUUCAUUCACAGCAGUCACGCAAACCUUUCAUCUUUUUGCUCGAUUCAUGCCGACUGUUCUACAUGCGACCAAGACAAAUUUCGCACUACUGAUCAGCCAAAUCAGUGGCAUGUAUGUCAUCAGCUCUGCACUGAUGCUGAGGGGCAUGAUGCCGAAAGAAGUCGGCAGCGUCAUCAAUAGCGCUUUGGGAGCAGGGCUACUGGAGCCAGCCUGGGUGCAGCGAUGGUUUGAUGGCUUUUUCAUGCUGGCUGUGGUCGCAACUGGGGUCGGCAUUUUCUUGGGCAGGCAAAUAUCGGGGGCAUCAACGUGGGAAGACGACACUGGGUGGGAUCUGGCUAUGGAAUUGGGCAAAGAGUCAUGA